AGCAAUCUGCCAGUAUCUGCUCUGUGUGACCACUCCAGUCUGUGAUCUCUGCUGGUAUUAAGGCCAGAUUUGUGCAGAGAUGGGUGAUUGGAGUUUUCUGGGCAAUGUCCUUGAGCAAGUGCAGGAGCACUCAACAGUGAUGGGAAAGGUAUGGUUAUCGGUGCUCUUCAUCUUCAGAAUCCUGGUGCUGGGAACAGCAGCGGAGUCUUCCUGGGGGGAUGAGAAUUCUGACUUUGAGUGCGACACCCUACAGCCUGGCUGUGAAAACGUUUGCUACGAUAAAGCUUUUCCUAUUUCCCACAUCAGAUAUUGGGUACUUCAGAUCAUAUUUGUUUCCACUCCGUCUCUUUUUUACAUGGCCCACACCAUGCACAUUGUGCGGAUGGAAGAGAAGAGAAAACUGAAAGAAGAGAAGAAUCACGCCAGUAAAGACAACGAGCCUUUCUUUCAGGAGAAAGAAUAUUUGGAAGAGAAAGUCACAGUGCAUAUAAAAGAGGAUGGGGUUUGUAAAGUUGCACUGAAAGGAGCUUUACUGCGAACAUAUGUGUUCAGCAUAUUAGUCCGUUCAGUGAUUGAAGUGGGUUUUAUUUUUGGUCAAUACUUAAUAUACGGAAUCUUUUUAAAACCAAUGUUUCACUGCCACAGAUGGCCAUGCCCUAACUCUGUCAACUGCUUCCUGUCCAGACCUACAGAGAAGAAUAUCUUCAUUGUAUUCAUGCUCGCUGUGGCAGGACUUUCACUCUUCCUCAGUCUGCUCGAGCUUUAUCAUCUUGGAUGGAAGAAGCUCAAGGAACUACUGAGCAAUAAGUACAACAAUGAAGCUAUCUGUGACAACUCCAAGAAGGAUCACAGUCUUCCACCAGGCUAUCACAAUGCCCUGGAGAGCUCUUCACCCCACAGCUACACUCCCUUGCCUGGUUUUAACCAUUCUGCAGUGAAUCAGAAUGGUGGGAAUAAUCCUUUCAGUAACAAACUGGCUAGUCAACAGAAUUGUGCCAACUUUGCAACAGAACGGGACAGGGAACACAAUGAUGUGCUAAACGGAGCCUUUAUUCACUUGAAUUAUGCACAGACCAACAAUGAAACCCCAAAUGCGACAGCUCCAGAAAUAAGUCUCCAAGAGACACCACACAAAGAUAAACGACGCCUAAGCAAGUGCAGCAGGGCAAGCAGUAAGGCAAAGUCAGACGACCUGACGGUUUAAUGGAAAUUUGCAAAUGUCCCAAAAGCAAUUUCCUGCAGUCUAGCUGGAUUUGCAGUUGUGUAAUGCAUUAGUGUUACAGGAAUAUCACUAGAUUGAUCAUUUUUUACAUUAAACAUGCUUUUAUCAUUGAUAAAUUUUGGUCAACCGAGGUAUGUCCGCAACAUCAAACAAAUACACCUAAGUUCUAAUUACUGUAUAUGUAAUGAAUACCUUCCUCGACGUACAACUUCUGACUGUUAAUUACUGCUCAUUUUAUUCCAUUACCUCCUUUUUGGUAAAUGCCAACUUGUUUAACUUCAAAAGUAAACGUCUUAUUGGCUUCUUGUUCAGUGACUCGAAAUACAAAAUUAAAAGACACUAAAAUAACUUGUUUUACAGAAUG